AUGGACAAAACGCAGGUCUGGACCUGGUCGCCAAGGCUGUUUUCCCCACCCAUUUCUGAGUAUCUUGCCGAUGCAAGCAUCGCUGCCGUCUACUCCGGGUUUGCUGCCCAGCACAACGUCGCUGUGUCAGACGUAUCGGACAUCUACGUGUGGGGCAGCGGCCAGGUUGGGCAGCUGGGGCUCGACCCAGAAUCAGAGUUCGAGCUCGAGGACCAAUACGUGUCGCAUCCGCAGCGCUUACGGCACGAAGCGCUGCUGCACAAGCGCGUCCUCCAGGUCUGCUGCGGCCGCGACUGGACCGCUUGUCUCACAGACGCUGGGUUGUACACAUGGGGCAGCAACGCCUACAAUCAGUUGGGCCACCACCACCAGCGCGAGCUGUUUACACUGAUGCGCGAACUCAAGCAAUCCUACCCGAGCAGCCCCGAUGCGAAGUGGGGCUAUUGGCGAGUGGACGAGCCUGUUGAAUCCGAACACGAAAGCGAAAGCGAAGGCCAAGCAGCGGAGAGAUCGCCCGUCGAGCGCUCGCAAGGCCUCGAGAAGUCGCGGGAGCUCACCGGGUGCAGGCUGGCGUCUUCGACGACCUGGCUCUGCGCCACGCCCAAACUAGUUGGAGGCCCGCUUCUCAACAAGACCAUCGUUCACGUCGCCUGCGGUGCGCAGCACAUGGCCUGCGUUACCGACGAGGGAGACGUCUUCACAUGGGGCUAUGGAGGUCGAGGAGCGCUUGGCCAUCCCAACAUCAGGAUCACCGGGGAGCCCAUGCUAGUCGAGUACUUUCGUAGUCCUGGCGGGGACGCGGCGACGCGAAUCUUCAUUAAGUCCGUCGCCUGCGGUGAGUCGUUUACGAUCGCCGUGGCAGCCAAUGGGCAUGCCUACGGAUGGGGCGAACACGCCUUUGGCCAGCUUGGAUUGGGACCAAUCCCAGAGACGCCGAUGCAACACUCGGCCUUCUACCCAUGUCCGACCCUCAUCAGCAGUCUAGCUGAGGCCAACCAAGUCGUCGUUUCCGUCGCCUGCGGCGCAAGCCACACCUUGUUCCUCACCGACGUGGGGCAUGUGUACUCCUGUGGAAGCAACGUGCUCGGGCAGCUGGGCAACGGAACCGACCACUCGCUACCUGUCUGCAUUGAGAGCCUCAAAUCGACAAAGGUGACCUCGAUCUCCUGCGGCGAGCUGUUCAGCGCGGCCGUGACCGAUCGCGGAGAGCUGUGGAUGUGGGGAGCCGGCAGCGGCCAGUUCGGCUGUAAGGAGGGACGGCACGCCGAGUACCCUGGUCAGGUGGGGUUUGUAGGCAACGUGAGGCAAGUCGCGUGUCGCAGCAGAUCUGUUAUGACGCUCUUGGGCCCGCCGCGAGAAGCUUCGAGACCGGACUACCAAAAGAUGCUCUUUGCUCGGGACUUUAGCGAUAUCACUUUCCGGCUAGAUAAUCAAGCAGAAAUUCCGGCCCACAAGGCCAUUCUCGCCGCCCGCUGCCCAGCUUUGCUGUCACUCGGCGCGGAAGACGGGGGCGGUGCAGUCUUGCUGCCCGACGUCAACGAAGCGGUCUUCCGUAAGCUGCUGGAGUUCAUCUACACGGGCGACUUUGCCUUGCUCGCUUCGGCGGGUUUGAACGACGAGCUGUACCGACUGGCGCUCGAGCUCAACUUCACGGGUCUGGUGCGCAAGUGCGCUAUGCUCCUCGGGCGGCCUGUGCCCGACGCGCAUCAGGCGGCCGGCGGCAGCGCGGUCCGCCACAUCGAUGAUCUCAGGGAGGACCUCCUGCGCCUUCUCCGCGAGCCGCAGUUCAGUGACUGCACGCUACGGGUCGAACAGCAGCCAGGCCUCGAGGCAAAGACCUUUGAAUGCCAUCGCGCCGUGUUGAGCGCUCGCUGCCCGUUCUUUGAGGCCAUGCUGUCGGCCGACCGGGGCUACAAGGAAAGCCAGCAGGCGGUCAUCUCGCUGUCGAUGCCCUUUGACAACGACGACGUAGACGCUGGCAGCACCGUGGCCGAGCUUUUGAAGUGGAUCUACGCCGAGCGCUUCGAUCCGGCCCCGGACACGAGUCAGGCGCUACUGGUGCUCGCUGACGAGUAUCGGCUCCCUCUGCUCGCCCAAAUGUGUGAGACGCUGAUCCAAGAAGGCGUGGACGAGACCAACGUGUGCGACGUGCUUCAGUUUGCCGAAACGUUCCGGGCCAACAAGCUGCGAAGCUAUUGCAUCGACUACAUGGCGGCGCCGACCUUCCCCUCGCAUUUGAUCGACGCCGCGCAGCUUAAGCCCGAACUGCUCGAGCAGAUCCAACUGCGCAAGGGCUCGUGGUCGGAGCACUCGCGCUCGCGCAGAAAGGUAAAGGAGCGAGAGGCCCGGUACCAACAGUACGAAGAAGAGCGGCAGACACAGGUGCAGCGAUGGGCCGCGAGAGACUCGCCACUCUUCGCGCUGGGCCAGGCCCUGCGCGAGUCCCUCGAGCGCUUCGACCAGGCCGUCGCGCAGGCCGAUCCCGCCGCGAAGGCGCCGUGCUGGCCGCGCUGGAUGUGGCGGAUGAGUCGCCAGGAGCGCCGCGAGCGGCUCGAGCGCCUGCACGCGGAGCGGAAGCAGCGUAAGGAGGCCAAGCGGCUGCGGCGGCUCGAGGAGCAGGAGCAGGCCGCCGCUGCCCAGCGCGAGAGGGACGAAGCGCAGCGCCGGAAGCGGGAGCGGAUGAACCGGGUCUUCAUACGCGCCGACCCGGCUGCGUCGACAAGCCAGGAGCGACCAGCCGCGGGCCUGUCAGAGCUUGUGGAAGAUGAUCGCCAAGAGGAGACCAAAAGCGCGGCGGCGUACGAGGGAAAAACCGAAAAGCUGGACAAGGGCAAAGAAAAAGCUGUCGACAGCGACAACGAGGAGGAGAUUGACGACUUCGAGGCUCCUCUGGAUCUGGAGCAGCAGCAGGGGAGAGAAGAAGAAGCGCCGAAUUACGACAAGGCGACGUUGACGCUCAUGGACACCACCCAGCAGGCCACGGACGUGAGUCGAGAGGUCGCUUUCCUUCGCGCGACGCUGACAGCCAUACAGGCCGAGUUCGGUCAGAUCUCGCCCAAGGGGGCGCUGCAGCUUGAGGUCAGGGCGCUGCGGCGCGAGUUCAACUCAAUCGAGGAAGAAGCUCGGUCCCUCGCUCCCCAAGUGUCAGUGGCGCUAGACUCAAGUGCCUUAUCGCAGGAAGUGGUCGCCCUCAGGGCUGAGCUCGAUGCCAUCGAACGCGAGGCGGAACAGCUGGUGCUGGAGCGCGCCUCGCAAUCGUUGCCGCCCAGCCUGCUGGUGCUCCCGAAGGAGGUGCGCGCUAUCAGGGCUGAGUUCGACGCCAUCGAGCGAGAGGCGCAGAGUCUCGCGGCAGAGUGUCGUGCACAUUCGAUCGUGGAUCCGCUACUGCCGAAGGAGGUGAGCGCCAUCAGGGCCGAGUUCGAUGCCAUCAAGCGCCAAGCGCAACAGCUGGCCGCCUGGAGGGAGGCCGCGGUCAAGGAAGUGAGCGCGCUGCGGGACGAGUUCGCGGCCAUCGAACUCGCCGCCCAAGCGCUACAAAUCACUCUCAGAGAAGCUGAUGCCCACGAGGAGGUGGUGAAGCGAGAAGAAGUGACAGUGCGUUCAGAGGAGGAAGAGAGAGGCUACGAGAGCGAGGAGGAAGAAGAGGUCAAACAGAACGAGGAGGAAGAAGAGGAAGAGAUGAAAGUUCGAGGCAUGCGCGACAGCGCUGAAUCGCCUGACGGCAGAGAGGACAAGCACACAACGGACGAAGAAAAAGAAAAGGACAGAAAGAUGGAGGACGGAGAAGAUGACGACAACGAAGAACUGAACAGAGCCAUCCGACUCGUGGAGCAGGCCUUUGCGUUGGAGAGAGAAGAUCCCGCCAAGGCCGAUCAUCUCUUCACCCAGAGUUCGAUUGGGUUCCUUCAGGCCAUGCGAAUCGCGGAUGCACAGGGCAAGAGCGACGUGCGACGUAUCGUGGACGGGUACAUUGCGCGCAUUGACGCGCGCAACCUGCGAAGGAGCGCACAAAUGAUCAAGCGAAAGGAGUCGGAAUCGCUCCACUCGGCCCCCGAGGAGGAGUUCAUGGCGACGUCGGGGAUGGAGCUGGAGAGCUGCGACUACGGCCAGCUGGUGGCCGACAGCUCCGAAGAGGUGGCGACCGUGUCCAGCCUCGAGGAAGUGGUGCCGCAGGAUAGCUAUCUCACCGCAGUGCUCAGCGACGAGCUCCCGCGGCGGGCCACCAACAACACACCACUGCGCAGCCCAGUCGUGGACGCUGCGGCGGUCGCAACGUCGGCCGCCCCGUCGACGGCCGACACCACCGGCGAGAGCGAGUCCGAGGUGAGCGCGGAGCUGCUUGCGAGCGCCGAGAUGGAGCCGGAAGACGGUGCCUACAUGCAGGCGGUGGUCGAGGAGGAGGAGGAAGCGGACACUCCGCAAAGAAGCAGGGCGUCGACGGUCGAGCUGCGGAGAGACGCGGCCGAGGCGGCGGCAGAGGUGCUGAACACGAUCACCGCAGGCGGCAGCCAAGCCCAGACGACUGGGGUGUCCGCGGCGGCGCGCUGGAAGCCGGCGGACAACAACGGCGCGCGGAAGCACGACGCGCUGGCGAACACGCGAGUGACGGCGCCGGCUCUACGUGACAUCAACAGGCGCUCGGAGGUCGUCGUCGUCGUCUGCCUCGACUGCGCCUUCACCUUCACCUUCGUCAUCGUCAUCAUCCCCAACGUCAACGUCAACAACGCCGUCGCCGUCGACAGCACGCGUCAUCUUCUCGUCGAACAGGCUACUCGGCUCGAGCCGGCUGCUCGACCCAAGCGACCGGCGUCGACAUCCUUCGUGUCGGGCCGCGUCAGCUCCUCUCUCGCCUCACGCCUGGCGCUGUUCGAAUCGCCCAGUUCGUCGUCGACAUCACCGCCGCAGCAGCCCAACUCCACCACACAGACCACGCCGCAGUUGGGUCCCUCUUCCCCGGUCGCCGUGCGGGCCACAUCUUUCGGGCAGACCCGGCCCGCGGCACUGUCGACCCCGCAGCCGCCGGGUGCGCUGGGCUUGCGGCGGCGGUCGUCCAUCACGACCUUCCAAUCGCCGGCCACCGCAACGGUGGCGCAAGACGCCAUCGAGCGAUACCAGCAGCAGCAGCAACAGAGCGCCGAGGUCACGAGUGGUCAGCGCCCUGCCGCCACCGCAGCCGCCAGCAACGGCCACGAGACGCGGACGCUAAGCUAUGUCGACCUCAAGGACAACCGGUCCAGCUUGCCGGACUGGGUCGAUCAGGCGCAAUUGGAGGUGUAUCUGUCGGAUGAGGAUUUCGGAGUCGUGUUCCAGAUGUCGCGACAAGAGUUCAACGCCCUCAAGUCGUGGCGCAGGAACCAGUUCAAGAAGGCCGCCGGCCUCUUUUGA